AUGUCCAACCCGUUACCGAAUGGAGGCUGUGCCUGGCCUAGCAGUCCCAGCGCCGUUGGGACAAUGAUAGCUGCUCCUGAGAUCAAGGUACCCGACGCAGUGUACAAGGGGCUGGGCUUACAAACCGCUCGUAAUAGGAACAACCGGACAAGAAAUCAAUUCCGACCCAGGGCCGCAGGCAAAGGCGGCGCCACAAGCUACCAGCUACGACAAUAUGCCGAGGCAACCCUGGGCGGUGGCAGCCUGAGGAAGGUGGUGAAGCUUCCAGAGGGCGAGGACGAGAACGAAUGGCUUGCUGUCAAUAUGGUGGAUUUCUACAACCAGAUCAAUCUACUGUACGGCGCCAUCACAGAGUUCUGCUCGCCGCAGACAUGCCCGGAGAUGAAAGCGACGGAUGAGUUUGAGUACCUUUGGCAGGAUAACGAAAACUUCAAAAGGCCGACAAAGAUGGCUGCUCCAGCAUACAUCGAACAGUUGAUGGGAUGGGUUCAGGGCAGCAUCGACAACGAGCAGGUUCUACCCAGCCGCAUCGGUGUUCCAUUCCCCAAGACAUUCCCAUCCCUUGUUCGCCAGAUCUUCAAGCGCAUGUACCGAGUUUAUGCACACAUCUACUGCCACCAUUACCCAGUAGUUCGUGAGCUUGGCUUGGAGCCACAUCUCAAUACGAGUUUCAAGCAAUAUGUCUUGUUUAUCGAUGAGCACAACUUGGCGAGUGGAAAGGACUACUGGGGACCCUUGGGCGAUUUGGUGGAGAGUAUGCUUAAGAGCGACUGA